AUGGAACACAGCUCGGAAAGGUCUACGCAGAAUGACAAUUCUACAUCAUAUGGAACUCAGAGUGGAGGAAAUAGAAUUAGCCUCGAUGCGUUUGUUAACAGAUUCAUCGAUCACGGUAAAAAGUUUGUCUCAAAAAGAGGAAGCAACGAAGAAGAGAAAUUCGUCAGCAGUAUCAAAGUAGUAAUGCAGCAAGUGGCAGAAGAAAAGCGAAGGGACCGAAUAUUCACUUUCCUCCGCUCCACUGUUGAGAAGGACCAAGCUGCGAAAGUUACGGAUUUCUACACUGCUUGGUGUCAUCUCAUCACCGUUUUGGGACAGGAGGAACAAAACUCGUGCCGAAUUGCCGGAAUUCGCUUCGCCUUUGAUGUCCUGAAUAUCCAAACACUACUUCCUUUAUAUGUUUCAAAUCUCUACGAUCAGUUUGUAAAGCAGGUGCACUUAUGCGAUAGUGCGCAAGUUCUAUCACUCCUAGAGAAGGAGACUUCGAAGAUAGUUAGUCUUUCUAAGAUAUGGACUAGUUGUUCACUGGUACUUCUUAAGCACCUCCUGAGCUAUGAAGAGAUUGUUAAAGACGGAAAUGUAGUGGGAAGUGCAGACUUGAUAAGAGAUCUUAUCUACGACUGGAUGGAACAAGCUGCUACUUCUGAAGUGUUCGGAGCAGUAGUGACAGUUGCACAGAGUUUACCUGCAAACGACUUGUUUGACAAAUUUAUCAAUGAAAAAGCCGCCGAAGGCUUACUAAAUGAGGAAAACCGCCCUGUGCUUACUUGGAAAUGUAUUUGCUUGAUGAGAGCAGUGGACAACAAAAUGCUAAAUCGCAUUCUUCGUGAGAUGAUAAAUGCGUGGCCAAAGAAAUGUGGUGAAGCCCCGGCUGCUUGUUUGAUGUCAAGUGUUCGUGAAAUAGUUGACGUAAUUCAUAAUCAUCAGAAUGUGGGGAAAGUGUGCUGUGGACUGUUCAAGUCUGAUCCGGGUAUGAUAAUGUGCAGCGAGUUUGGGUUUCUUCUCAUCUUUGCUGUAUGUAGUGCAGAUAGGUACAAGGCAGCUACGUUAUCAGACCUGACAAAAACGUUUCAAAGACUCUGGAGCUUCCGGGAGCAUGUUCUUGAAUUUGGAUGGAUGGAAAAUAGUUGCCUUGGUGAAGUGGUAGACAUUGUCGAAGACCAGGUUAACUGCCUAGUACAACGGCUGAGUGAAGAUCCAGAAGCUUGUGAGGUGUUGUCCGAUCCGACUAUAACAUUGCUACAAUCACUAUUGAGACUACCCUCCACGAAAGAAGUGACGAUUGUAGAUGGACGAGUAGCGGAUGGAUGUCCAAUAUGGAUAUUUGCUAGUAAAAUGCUUGUGAAAUUGGUCAUGUCAAAAAAGAAAGACAUGGCCGCACAUUUGGCGAUGAUGGUAGAAAUGGUGACGACAUCUUCAACGAGUGUGGUGUUUAUAUAUGUUGACAUGCUGAUAGAAAUUGUCCGCAAUUGCCCACUUGAGGUGCUAAAUAACUGGCGAGAACUGGAAAGACUUUUCAAGUCUAUUUGUCAUAUUCGAUAUGAUGUUUCCUCGUCACUUGUAAGAUGUCUGAUGCCGAUCAUCAGUAAUAGAUCUCAGUUAAGGGAACUGCUGCUGCAAACUGUUAAACAAAAUCUUUUGGAUUUCCGACGUGCAAACGCUGUGAUUCCUAUUCUUAUGUUACUGUUGAGAAGCUUUAGCAAAAGAUCGAGUGUUGUAGCUGGAUCUCAAAUGUCGCAAUCAUUCGCAACGUUUUCAUCGCAGAGUCUACAAGCCAUGGGAUGUAAACGAAAAGUUGAUGAGACAGUAUGUCUUGAAGUUAUAGGACUUCUGAAGCGAUGUUUGACUCAAUGGACGCCAACGAAAACUGCUGUUUACCUCGGUUUUGCCGAAGAAGGAACAAGAAACUCAUCUGUGACUGGACAGUGCCUCGAUUUACUAGUUUCUCAUGCAGCAACUGCCCCUGAGUGGAAAGCCGAAACUAUGGUUACGUCAGCAGGUGCUGUGGUGUCGCUGGUCGAACCGUUACCGCAAUUAGUACAGGCAAUGCAGUGUCUGCUAAACGAGGAAAUCGCAGCAGAUAUUACUCGAGUGGAGACAGCAAUCGGUGUGAAUGUGCAGAAAUGUGCUGUCGAUUUGAUUGACUCAUGGGUAGAGAAGGCAUGCAGCGAAGACGUACAUGACCUUGGUGUUGACAAGCUGUCUGAGUGGAAUCCAACAACCCCAGCUGGCGCAGCGAACUUGGUUUUUGCAAAAAUGAUGUUGAACCUCUAUGAUGUGCUCAUCGAACAUGUAUGGAAACAAUUUCACAAUGAUACCAGCGCAGCAAAGAAGGAUCGCUUAAAGGCGUUGAUAGGCAGAAAGGGGGAGCUACAAGAAGUCCUACAGGAAAAAUAUGUGAGAAGAAAGGAAGCUAAGGCGACAACCACAGAGGAUCGACCUGCGCUAAACGUCAAACAAGCUGAUGUACUUAUAAGCGCUAGUACAAUCGCACAAAUUCUAGAGAAUACAGUACCUGAGGAAGCAUCAUUGUCUAAUGAUCUAGAAGACAUAAAUUGCGAGCUGUUAGAAUGGGCCAUCGAACGCAUGUUGGAUUUGUCACUUUCUCUUCUGGAUGGUUUCCACCCACUACAUACAGUUCUCUGCGGUACAAAUGCAAUGAUUUCGGCAGCUGGGUAUCUCCUUGACUUUUAUAUGGGUACGAAUUGUGUGGAUUGGAUACAGUCCCGACAGAUCGGCUGCGCGAGCAAGACAAAGGCGCUGGAGACCUAUGGUAACAUUGUACAGUACUUAUCGACGAAAUACAAAAGUCAACCCUCGAAGGUUGUCGUAAUAUGGAAAAAGUCCGACAUGAAUGCGACAUCUGUGAGAGAUACUCAGAGGUCCUUGACAGCCAAUGGAAGCCUUGUGCGUCAUUGCCAUUUGUUUAUGACCAAACUUUUCCCGGCUACGUUGAUUGCUGAUCGCGGCGAAGGUGAGGAGAAGAGACGUACCGGCUUGGAACUGGAACGACAGGCGAGGAUCAUGUUUAAGAUCUGUGCUACACUCGUGAAAAUGAUGGACAAUCCAAAGUGCUUCAUGACUAUAUUCAAAUUCACUAUGGCUAUGCUUGAGAAGAAUGUCGUUGGUAAUAACCUUAUUCUCCGGGGAUUAUUAAAAUUGGUAUGCACUCUGGCAAUGAAAUGUAUAGAUUCGGAUUCUACUGUGGAGAGAGCGCUAAGCACUAUUGCAGAUGACCUUAUUCAAGUUCUGAGUGAAGAGGAUGACAAAUGCAAGUACAAAUUUGUCGAACACGCAUCCCAUGACACUAUUUGUGAAUUCCUUGCAUCAUCGAUCAACAAAUCACUACUGUCCGUUCAAACCGUCAUAUCGUUUGCUGGAGCAUUCCAAAUCAAAGACCAAAGAAUGGACGAAGUGUUACUGGCUGCUUUGACCAAAUGUGACCAGUGUUGUGAGCUCACUACUCGUCUUCUUCCGCUGCAUUCACAAUUUGCUGUACAACGUGAAACGCUCGUACAAACUCUAACCACCCUUUUCAAUGCUCUUCAGGAGUUAGUUGAUUUGAUGUUAUGUAACGUCAAAGCUGUGCCAGAAAUGAUCGAGUGGAAGUCGUUGGGAAUGCUCAGCAAACUGCUCAAAGAGAAGCUACAAUCGAUUAUGGCAAUUGCCGAUGAACAUGUAGGUGUUUUCAAUCCGGCUGACUUGAAGAACCGCAAGAAAAAUAGUGUCCGCAAAGAUGAGGUGAUUUACGUUAAGUACGUAAGGGCUCGAGAAGCUUUACAGAGUCGAGUGCUGUUGAUGUGUGAAGCAUUGAGAGAAGACAGACUGAAUUUCCAAGUGAAGAAGAAUACUAUUGGAAUGCGUGACUUCCGCAUCAACCUGAACACCCUGAGAACGCGUGUGGUACAAAACGAAGAGGAGGAAGCUCCGACACGAAAAAAGAAGAGGGCUUCACAAUCAAUGGAUAGGCCAGAAGACCACGAAAAUAGAGAGGAAGAAACGAGAAGCACAGAGAUGGCCACGUGGCCUCAAGGAAGACCGGGAUCGGGUCUUAAUAUACCGAUCUGUUUCUACUUUCAACGGCGUGGCUGCGUGGUUGAACCUGAUCCUCGUCACAUUAUGAUGGGUACUUGGUAUUUUCCUGGACCGGAUGGUCGUUUCCAUCCACAAGACGAAAGAACUAUGGAUCCUCAUACGAGAGCUUACUUGGAAGCAGUAUACGCUCGCAUGAAUAGCUUCAAUAUUGGCGAACAGAGCAACAAUGGAACUUUUUACAGUAACGUACAAUACAACAACGCUGCUUAUUACGGUAUUGGAGGAUAUGUACCUGACGAUUAUUACAAGGCAUUUCGGAGAGUGUUUAAUGACGCGGAUAUGAGUAACGAGAGCUAUUACGACUCUGCAACAGAUACCGACAGCGACGCUGACUUUGACGAUGACGAUGACGCUGAUGACAAUGAGAAUGGAAAUUCUAAAAAAGAUAACGGACAUUCCAACCAGAAUUAA